AUGCGGGCCCUGCUCCCCUUGGGCAUGAACUACCUGUAUAAACGCUAUGUGUACAGGCACAGGGAUUUGUUGGACACCAAACAGCUGCUGUUGAUCUUCGAUAGCCUCAAGAUUAUCUGCGAGUGGGGAAUCUUCCAGAGGAGCCACUAUGAAAGUGCCAAUUUCUCGGACUCCCUCUUUCUGGGGAAUAUCCUCGAGGCCUUGAGUCUGCGCACCCGACUCCAGCACGAUGCUCUCCGGCUGCCACACUCCCGAUUGGACCUGCACCUCUACUAUGUCAAUGAUGAUGUGGUCAAGGCCCGUACCUCCCCCUUCUACGAGAACGAGCGGAACACGAUCACUGUGCCCCUGAUCUUUCUGCAGUGGCCCCUCUUCGAUAGCCGCCAGCACCAUAUCUUCCAGUUCAGCUUGAUGGGCGGUGUCCUGGCCCAUGAGCUGACCCAUGCCUUCGAACAGGAGGGCAUUCUCUUCGAUGCCGAUGGCAACGAGUCGCCUGUGGGAUUGCAGAUUCGCGAGACGAAGGUCUUCCAGAACGCCAUCAAAUGCGCUGCCCGGACGCCAGCAGUGUCGCUAAAGGAACGUCUGGCCGAUCUCAAUGGCCUCCAGCUAGCCUACGAUACGUUUUUUGGGCCGAACCACAACUCCCAGAACUUCGAAUAUCGUCCCUAUGCAUUUGAGAGCGAAUUCAAAGCACCGCAGCUGUUCCACCUGAGCUACGCGCAGUUCUUCUGCGGCAUCCUGCCGCCGGUGCUCGGUCAUGAUAGGGACGAUGUGCGUGUCAAUUUGAGCGUUGGAAAUUUACGUAAAUUCUCGUUGGAUUUUAAGUGUCCCCCGCCAGCAGUGCAGUCGCCCCCUGUGUGUGAAUUGUGGCGCCCAAAAUAAUCAUCUACUUUGGUGUCAGUUUAAGUUUUGUCUCGAAUGCAUUUAAAUCUAUAAAAAGUAAUACAAUGUUCAAGCUGAUUGACAGCGCGAUG